CGUCAUAAUAUCGGAACAUAAGAGACAGAGGGGCAGGACAAUGUAUUUGUCCCGUAGGAGGAUGCCAGUGUCGGGAUGCAGUAGUACAGUCCGUAUCAUGUAACGUAGGUAUACGCCCAUUAUAACUGUAGAGGUCCCCCUUUUACUGACUGCUACACGCACACCUUUGUUGCACCUCCUCUUGAUUUCCAUGCAGAGGAGCACAGGGUAAGACGGAAAGAGAGAGGCUGCGUAUGGACUCACGUACAUCAGGGAAACACCCCGCACCCUAACUGUGGGGGAGCUCAAGGAGAAGAAUCCCUUUACUGGUGAUCAGUGUGAUAAAGCAGGAAGAUGCUGCUGCGCUUGAAUGAAUGAGGAUGCUGACGCUGUAGGUUGCGCGGCGUGCUGGAGACAUGCGGUACUCUUCACUCCUCAGUCAGGUCACACUGUAGUUACUGUAAAGUCGAUCCAGUCAGUCACAGAGAAAUUCUUGAUACACUCUUUUCUCUUGGUGGGAUUUGUCCUUGCUGGAUGCCGGGAUGUCUGCUUCUCCUUUCAUCACUCUGCUCUUGGUCCUGCUGGGUGUGCUGACAACAUGCGCCCAGACGGAGAUGAAGAGGGUUGUUGGAGACAAUGCCACGCUUCCCUGCCACCAUCAGUUCUGGGUGGGUGAUGACCCCACGCUGGACAUUGAGUGGCUACUUCUCAAGCCAACCAAUAAGAAGAGAGUGGUGAUCACUUAUUUCGCUGGACGGGUUUUUGACCCCAAUGAAGAAGAGCGUGGCCGCGUGGCUUUCGCUGGAGAGUACUUGAAAGGUGAUGCCUCUCUGCUGAUCAGUGACUUGUCUCUGAUAGACUCAGGAGAGUACAGCUGCAAAGUCAAGACUGGUGCACAAUACCACUGGAGCACCAUCAGCCUCAUAGUGCUGGAGAAGCCUUCCAAGCCGCGGUGCUGGAUGGAGGGAAAACUGUUAGAGGGCGGUGAUGUUAAGAUGAGCUGCAAGUCCGCUGAUGGCUCUGAUCCCAUCCACUACAAAUGGGAGAGGGUGCUGGACAAGGGCAAGUACAUUGGCAAGCUGCCUCCACUAGCCCUGAUAGAUUUGAAAAACCCAGAGAUUGUGACACUGAGGAACUUGACCAAGGACAGUACUGGUGUGUAUAAAUGCACAGCCAGCAAUGAUGUGGGAGAAGAGAGCUGCACAGUGGAGGUCAAGAUGCACUAUGUAAGGGGAAUGGGUGUGGUAGCGGGGGCAGUGGUUGGUGUAUCCUUCGGUGUCCUUCUCAUUAUCCUCAUCAUCUGGUUGGUGUUUCGCAAAAAGGAGAUGAAGAAAUAUGAAGAAGAAGAGACUCCAAAUGAAAUCAGGGAGGAUGCAGAGGCUCCCAAAGCCAAACUAGUGAAGCCCAAUUCCCUGUCCUCGUCCCGCUCUGGCAGCUCUCGCUCAGGCACCUCCUCCACCCAGUCCAUGGUACACAACAUGGCACACAGAAGCCAACGAGCUUGUGUUCCUGCUGUGGCGGCCCUCAAGGAGAACUGCCAAGCCUCCACCUUCGCUCAGUCACCACCUGGCUACAAUCAGAUAGUCCCCAAGACCCCUGAACCCCGUUCUACACUCACCUCCAUGUCUACCUCCAACUUCAACUCCAACUCCAAGCCCAGCCCUCCCCCUAAACUGAGCCCAGGGAACCUGACCCGUAUGGGGGCCACCCCUGUUAUGAUCCCUGCCCAAACAAAGGCCUUUCAGACUGUGUAGAAGAGAUGGAAAGUGGACUGUAAUCAGACACGGGCUGCCUCAGGACAUGGCAACCAGCUGAAUCCAAGAGUUGGUCUUGAUAAGGAUCCUGUCAUAUUAUCUAGAUAUAUUCUCACCAUUCACAAUCUGAUGGACACUUUCAGCAAUUUAACUCUUGGAGAAUCUCUGCUUUACACUAACACUAUAGGAACACCUUCUUGUGUUGUCUUGUCUGUCAUCUGAGCAACAUCUCUGAUGAAGAUCAUAUUUUAUGGAUCAUGAUUUUGAAUGACAAGGAGGUGUUGAAACUGAAGCUGCAGGUGGUUGCUCAUUGAAGAAGAGGUGCGCACCAACCAGAGAGUAAAUGGGAUGCAAUUGGAAAGUGUGAGACAGACUGGAAUCGCAUAAAAUGAAGACAUUGCAUGGCAACUUCAUUCUCUUUGCAGAGGACAACAGACUGCUCACAGACACAGUUGAAGAGGUUAUAAUAGUUCAAAAGGUAAAAGCAAAAAAAGAACACUCACCUCUUCUACAGUAUGUUCUUACCAAUCUAACAAUCUUGAACACCUUCCUGCAUACAGUACACCACCACUUUGCAAAUUAAAAUACCCUGCGCCUAUGACUGAACUGAUGAAAGUAGCUUAACUGUAGGUUGUUAUGUAAAUGGGAUGAAUGGCUCUGAUUGUAUAAACAGACUUCUUGUGCACACUUCAUAUAUCCAUCGAUCCCUGUGUCAGUCACAUGUUGUAACACCAACAUAAAGUAAAUGAUUACCUUUGUCACUGCUUCCUCUACCAACUCAACAAUGGUGUACAUGUAUGUGUAGAUGUACACAACUUUCCAUUUUCAGUAGUUUAAUAAUGGAUUGAUUCUGGACACUUGUAUGUUGCCACUGUUCAAACCUGACAUGUAAAGAUCCGAAGAGAAUUCAGAGAAGCAUGUGAGUUUUUUUUUGUGAGAUUUCAUUUACAGGAUCAUGGAGUACUGAUAUUUUUGAAGAUUGUUACAGGGUUAAGCAGAAGCCCUACUGAGAAAUUGUCACAUUAUGAUGGUUUACAUUUAUUUGUUUUUUUCAUUCUGUUUUGUGUGUAGCAUAACUUCAUUUUUAAUCCAAGAAUGCAAAGCUGUAUGAAUGUGAUGCUAAAUGAGAUGUGUUAUGUACAGUAUUUUUUCUGAGCAAUAAGUUGAACUCUCCCAUGUUAAAAUGUUUUGAGAGUUUUAAAUGACUCACUGAAUCAUUUAUAUAUAGAGAAAAUACCAUCACCUUCUGCACUCUUAAUACAUUAAUAUACUUAAUACAUUAGAAGUAAAGAGUGCCUUUGGUCAUAUUUGUGCCCAUUGUAACGAUUAAACACAUACAGUACAAUUGUCUGUACAACUCAUUGCAAAUUAGUUGUCUUUCACAAGGAACAUGACGCUAAUCAGAGUUAAUGUAGGUUUGGGGGGAGAGCUCCAUUUAUAUCUGACCUACUCCAUACCAGCCAUAGCCAGCAGACUGACAGACGCACAAGACAGAGUGAAUCCUGCUCUUGUGCCUCAUCUCCCAUUCAGGAGAGAGGACAAACCUGAUCCUUCUCCAUUCCUCAUUCUUCAAUCACAUUCCUUCCCUUCAAUACAUAAUCUGCCUCUUAUCCCUUUUCCUCUUUCAACUUGUCUUGUGAGUCUCACCACCACCUCGCCCCUCUCCCAUGACACUGUACUUGAUUCUAGUUUGCAUGGUGGGGGGAGUUAUGCAAAGCCUUGAUCCAAGGACAGAGCGUUCUCAUUGUUGUGUUCAAAGCCAAAGUUGUUGUACAACGACUUAGAGAUACGUACUUUUCAGAUGUCCAUAUUGUUAGUUAAUUAUGGCGUGACUUUGCACCAGUGAUGACACCUCUCUGUCUUAUACUGGAAUGUGAUUGCCACCUCUAAACUAGCACCUAGCCCACUUAGGUGGGACAGAGCAAUACCUGUGUCACUUAAUACUGCCAUCUUCAUGUCCUUUUAGUGACUCUCCUGCGUUUGCAAACCACAGUGCAGGUAGAAUUUACCAUCACCAGUGUUGCUACAUUCCAUACACCCUAGUUAAGGUUUACAUAUCCUCUUCUUGUGGUUUAGGGCAGUCCAAUCAAUAUUCAGGAACAUAAACAGUUCUUUCCCAUAGCUAAUAAAACCCUGGAGCUGUUCUGUGGACUGUAAAUUGGUAUGAUGAUUAUAUGGACUGAAGAAACGCUGUCAGGUCAGCAGUAGACAAGGUGCCCUUAUCCUCAGAUAACCUCAAGGCAUUAUUCUGAUGAAACAGAAGUAUUUUAGUUCUAUCUCUUACAGUAAUGUCUUAUAAAUUAUGCCAGUCUCCUAAACUGCCAGAUGCACACAAACCAUAAUUUAAGAUUACUCACCAUUUAGCUUUAGUGUCUUAACAUGGUGCACUGGAGGUAACAGGACAGUUGUGAUGGUGUGUUUUCUGUGUUUUGAUCACUCAUUGGCUGAGGUGACUAGCUGACAAUCGACCAAAUACUUCAAAUAUUCACUUAAAGCUCUGCUUCAAUGUAAUUUAAAAAGUCUGAGUUUUUUAAAAAUGUUUUCCAAAGCUGAAUGAAAGAACCCACUCUUCUGGGUUGGAGACUGAUAUUUCAAAACCUGGACAAAUAUCUGCAUGACUAGAUAAAAUAUGAGGUUUUUUUGAAAUGUGACUGAAAUUACCCUUUCAGACCAACUUCAGAAAAAAAAUGAGAACGUCUGUUUCCAGGGACUCUUGUAAGAUUUUCCAUAAAUGCAUGGGAUAUUCAUCAAAUAACCAGUUAGAUAGUACUUCCCUCUUUCCCCAUCACCACACAUUUGGUCGAUAGACAAGCUAGGAGCUCCAUAUUGGAUCAAACCAAGAGCAGAAAGGAUUAGAUGUGUCAUCAUAACUAGACAAAAUACAACUCAUCACUUUAAAAACUUGUUGAGAAAUAGUUUUACACCGCAGAUUUUUGGAUUAUAUCAAGUGAAAUACUACUAUUAUCGUUUGAGUCAUGGGCCAUUACCAGGCCAGCUAGAUAAAGCAGCCAAUAUGUGUCUCUGGUUCUCUUGAGUGUUUUUAGCUUGCCUACAACUGGUCUUAAUGGCUCUUUUAGACCUGGGAGCUGAAAGAUAAGAUGACAACACCUGAGGGAGAGCCUCUGAUUAUCCAAAACAACCUCUGAAUUUCCCAUAAUGCAAUGAAAAGCCAACAGAGUGAGGCCAGGUAGAUGAUUGAAUGUGGCUGUUACAGCCAUUUGAUGUGGUAGGAUGCAGGGCAUGAUUGAUUUUCUUUUUAUAAGCAAGGCUCAGUUAAAUUCACAAGUAGACUUGCUGCCCACCUUGUUCAUCCACAGCACAUUACUUUAAGAUAAAAAUCAGAAAUGUUUCACUUUUUCACUGGAAUGUGUUUGGCAUCAAAUAUAUCAGACCAAACAGGAUCGAUCACUGAAGCAGACUGGGUCACAUUUCUCUGAAUAAAGUGAUUGUCUUUCCUUAUGUAGCUAAAAAGAAGCCUUGUAUCUCGUUAAUGUUAAUGUCAAUUCCAGCUGGAAAGUAACAUUAUUAUCCAUGUAUUGGGGGCGCCUGAGUUCCUACCAUGCACACAGUGUAAACAUAAUAGAAAUUUAUGGGGUAAAAUCUUCUGAUAAAAGCUGAGGAAUGAUGGUAAUAUGCAUGUUACAGAUACUAAAUUAUAGGAAGAAUUAUGUCCUUUUUUUGCCUCAAAGCUUAUAUAAUAUAAAAUGAUAUUCCUAUAGAUAAAAUCUAAUGGUCAGAUAAACCAAACUGUAAAUUAAUAAAUAUUCCAUAUUUUUGGUUGAUUCCAGAUUUGUUUAUUGUAUGCAUUCAAUAAAAAGUAUGUACCUUCUUGAUAAUUCUUCAUGUGUAAAUAUAAAAGUCCUUCUACAGUAGCUCACUGUACAGAAUGGCAACAACACAGUGCCAAAAGGGACUCAUGUUUUUUUCUUUCUCGUGAUAUCAGUGUCAGACUUUUAUUUUUAUGUGGGCUUCACCAAAAAGCCCAUGUAUAUAGUCCUCUGCUUGAGUGAAAAAUGUAUAUUUGUACAGAAAAUCAGUACUGUUUUUUUCCUUUUGUUCUUUUUUAUAAAUAAAGGUUUC